ACAAAAUGAAAUGAGUUACAAACACACCCACCCCCAACCCAAAUCCAAAAGCUAAUCCUCAUCCGAGUUGAGUAAUUGGUAGGGGACUGUUUGAUGAUUUGUGUCUACAGAUGAGAAAGUCCAGGACUAGCGGCCAAGACUGUGACUUCUGGUCAUGGUUUCCCAGUGGCCAGGCCAGUCAUGUCCAUCUUCCUUCCCCAGCAACCUCCUCGCUCACAGGAAUUCUCUUGGCAAAAGAACAGGGGUUACAGAAGCUUUCUCAGCUUCAGCAUCAAUCAACACAUACUCUGUGGGCAGCUACAGAGCACCCAGCCCUGGGCUAGGUCCUCUGGGAAGCUUCACAAAUUUAAAAAGGAAGAACACAGAAGAGAAAAGAAAACCAUCAACAAAAUGAAAAGGCGAGGUAUGGAAUGGGAGACCAUAUUUGCAAAUCAUAUAUAUAUGAUAAGGGGAUAAUAUCUACAAUAUAUAAAUAAUCUAUACAACUCAAUGGCAAACAACCAAACAAUCCAACUUAAACAUGGGCAGAGGAACUGAACAGACAUUUUUCUAAAGAAGACAAACAACGGUCAACAGAUAUUUGAAAAGGUGCUCCACCUCACUCAUCGUCAGGAAAUGCAAAUCAAAAGCACAAACUAUCACCUCACACCUGUUACCAAUGGCUGUCAUCAAAGAGACAAGUGAUAACAAGUGUUGGUAAGGGGGUGGAAAAAAUUGCCUUGAGCGCUGUUGGUCCAUAGGAAUAUAAAAUAUUUUUUGUCUUUUUAGAGCCGCACCCACAGCAUACGGAGGUUCCCAGGGUACGGGUCAAAUCAGAGCUGCAGCUUCUGGCCUAUGCACAGCCACAGCAACACUGGAUCUGAGCCUCAUCUGUGACCUACACCACAGCUCAUGGCAACACCAGAUCCUUAACCCACUGAGCAAGGCCAGGGAUCGAACUUGCAUCCUCUUGGAUGCUAGUUAGAUUCAUUUCUGCUCCACGAAUAUAAACGGAAAUUCCCAUAAUAGAUAUUGGUACAACCACUACAGAAAACAGUAUGGCGGCUCCUCCAAAAAUUAAGAAUAGAACUACCAUAUGAUCCAGCAAUCCCACUUCUGAGAAUAUAUCCAAAGAAAGGAAAUCACCAUCUCACAGAGAAAUGAAUCACUGUCACUUGUUUCAGAACAAGUGACACUCAGCCCUGACACCACAAUGACGUUGCUGUCCCAAAGGCCACUCUGGGCUCUCAGCCCCGGCGUCAGCCCAGCAAGACUCUGGGCUCUUGCUGCAGCCCUCGCCUCUGGCGCUGGGGUGUGUGUGUGGACAGGGACAGCAGCCAGCUCUUUGCCGGGCUCUCUAACAAGCUCUGCGAGUCUGUUUGUUAAAGAAAAAUUCCAGUGGGUGCAUCCAACACAUGGAACUCAAGUACAGAAAUUAUAUUUAUCCACCCCACUGCCAAGGAGAUCACAUGCCCGUGAGUCACUCCAGAUGUGCUCAAAAACAGAGUCUCUCUGUGGAAGCUCAGGGCCCCAAUCCCGGAGAGAGUAGCUUAACAGGUCCCACUCCUGCCCUCCCCAGGAGGCAGCCCCCUGCCUCCACCCCUCUAGGGCAGGAGAGGGCAUCUCAGCACGUCCGGAAAGGGAAGGGCAGUAAGAUCAAUAUUGUUGCACUGCGAGGACCAGUACAGGCAUACCUGGGGCUCCUGGGGUCCCACUGGUUGGAAGACGACUUUGCACCUUUUCGGAGGAAAAGAUGUGUUGGAAGACGCUGCUGCUUCUGCUGUUGUGUUAUGAUGCUCAGGCCACUCUGUCCCACAGGUGGAGCAGGGCUGUGCUCUUCCCUGCAGCCCACCGGCCAAAGAGGUCCUCGUCUGUGCCCUUGAACCCCAUCCUGCAGAGCUCCCUGGAGGAAGUGCAACUGCUCUAUGAGUUCCUGCUGGCUGAACUGGAGAUCGGCCCCGACCUGAAGAUCUCCAUCAAGGACGAGGAGCUGGCCUCCCUACGGAAGGCCGCCGACUUCCACACCAUCUGCAAUGACGUGAUCCCCAAGAGCAUCCCGGACAUCCGCCGGCUGAGCGCCAGCCUCUCCAGCCACCCCGGUGUCCUCAAGAAAGAGGACUUCGAAAGGACAGCACUGACCCUGGCCUACGUGGCCUACCGCACAGCUCUGUCCCAAGGGCAUCAGAAGGACGUCUGGGCCCAGGCCCUCCUUAGCCUCUUCCAGGCCCUGAGGCAUGACUUGAUGCGGUCCUCAGGCCCCAGAGCAUCUCCCUGAGAGACUGGCCGGCACCAGGACCACAGAGCAGGGACCAGCACACACAGUAAUCCAGAAAGUCUUCAUUCUCAACUCCCUUUAGAGACCAGCCUCAAAACACAUACCACCAACUCAGAGUAACAGAGAUAAAAUAAGAAAGCCCGAUGCUCUUUGCCCCUUAACUUCUUAACAAGCACAAGAUUGUGAUUCAUAUCAUAAUGUGACCUGGGCUGGAAAAAAAAAAAAAAAAAAAGGCUGGAGUGACCAUUCAAGAUGCCUCCAGAGGCCAAACGGUUUGCCUGGUGACAUGUACGCAUCUAAGAUAUGCUUCGACACUGAGUGAAUGUGACACAAACACCCACAUUUGUGAGAACAGAGCUGGGGGCGACAGCACAGAAGCCUGGGCAUGGCAGGAAGGUGGGGGACAGAUUUCUUUGGUCCUAAGAGACCAGGGUACUCGACUGAAUGAACAUCUUUCCACAGUUCUGUAGUAAGCAACUAGAGCUACGCCCAAUCAAUCCAUUGUUAACCAAGGAUGUAUUUCCCAACUCUUCCAAAAGCCACCAAGAAGAAUCAGUCAGAACAUCAGUCAUGUACCCAUGUAUCUAGACUCUUCUUUUCUGAAAGCUGGAGAAACACAGAGGGGGCCCACAGAAAUGCGACUGUCAUGCGUUGCAUUUUGUACCGAGAAACAAAGCUAACGUGGAGAGAGUCAGCCUAACAAAAGAGGUGACACCAACAGCCAGGCCUGCCUAGCCUCAUGCUAAAAUUGCCCAGCAUCCCCAGAGAUUUAAGUGCUUCAAAUAAAUGUGACUUUCAGAGGACAGAAUUUUACCCUUUCAAAUACCAAAGCUUCCAUUUUAGCAAUAGCGAUUGGAUGUGUUUUCUAAAGUAUUCACAUAAAAUGCCUUAAGCUUUUAUUUAGUAUCUUGGAAACGUUCUAAUGAAGGAGCUAGAUAAGAUCAUCCUGAGAUUCUUCUACUUCUGAACUUCCCACAGUCAUCAACCAUGAGAUGUGACCAGGGAGGACACCUAGACCCGACAGCUCUGCCAGACUGUUGGUACCAACCCUGAAAGGCCCCAGGUUUUGCUAAGUCCGCACCUGUGUGAGUUUUUCUGCUGCCUUCCUUGCUGUCAGCCUGUAAGAGUGCCCUUUUCCUUGGUACCAACGUAACUUGCCCUUUUUGAUUGUUCUUCCUUACGAUCAGGCCAUUGCUGAAAAAAAA